AUGAAACGUCUCAUGCGUGCUAAGUUUUUACCAAUUAAUCACAAACAGGAUUCCUUUUUGGAAUACCAUAACCUGAAACAGGGCAAUUCGUCGGUUGAAGAUUUCAUUGUUUUGUUCGAACAAUUGCGUAUGCGUUUUGAUGUGGAUGAAGAUGAUGAACAGGUCAUUGCACGUUUUCUUGGGGGUCUUCGAUCGGAAAUCUCCGAUGUCGUUCACCUCCAACAGUUCUGGUCUUUUGCGAACGUGUGUCUUUUAGCAAAAAAGGUGGAAAAACAACUAAGUGCUAAGUCGAAGGCCCAGCCGAGAUUCUCUUCUAGCCAGGGGGUUCCACCCUCGUCCUCCACUGCCAAAGCCGAGGGCACCAAACCGUCAGCCCCAACUACACCGGUCAUCCCUUCGGGUCAGGCAUCGGGUACGCAGCGAUGUUACAAAUGUAACGGGAUUGGCCAUUUGAAGAGGGAAUGUCCAAAUAAACAGGUCGUGGCCUUACUCGAUGACACCACCCCCACUUUUGAUCACGACCCUGACUCUGAUUCAGACUCUCCGGCAGAAGUUAUCUACCCCGACAAGGGGGAAGCUUUGGUUUUACAACGUUUACUACAUGCAACGGUUGCUGAUCCUUCUGAUGAUACUGCCUGGCUCCGUACCACUAUUUUCUGGACGAAGUGUACCUCUAAAGGUAAAAUCUGUAAUGUUAUUAUUGAGAGUGGGAGCUGCGAAAAUAUCGUGUCCACAACUAUGGUUGAUAAAUUAAAAUUGCCACUUCAUGAUCACCCGGAGUCGUAUCAACUUACUUGGUUAAAGAAAAGUAACCUUCUUAAAGUCACUCACCGUUGCCUAGUUCAGUUCUCAAUUGGAAAUAAAUAUUCGGAUGAGGUCUGGUGUGAGGUCCUACCAAUGGAUGCGUGUCACAUUCUUUUGGGCCGUCCUUGGCAAUACGACCGUAGGGCAAAACACGACGGCUUUCGUAACACUUAUUCCUUUAAAAAGGAUGGGGUUAAUAUUACCCUCGCCCCGUGUGACCCACGCCAAGAGGGCGCAGCUUCGAUGUUGGUUACCCGAUCGGUUUUCUCUUCUUUGGCUAGGGCCGAGCCUCCACAGGUGAUUUUUGGUCUACUUAUUACCGAGCCAAACCGAAUGUUCCUACCGAGUUUACCUAUGUUACGUGAUAUCCAACAUUGCAUUGAUUUCCUACCGGGUGCAAGUAUUCCAAACAAACCAGCUUACUGUAUGAACCCGAAGGAAUACAAUGAUUUGCAUCAACAGGUUGCUGAGCUAUUGGAAAAGGGUCUUAUUCGUGAGAGCAUGAGCCCGUGUGCCGUUCCGGCUUUGUUGGUGCCGAAGCCUAAUGGCACAUUCCGUAUGUGUGUCGAUAGUCGGGCAGUUAAUAAAAUCACCAUUAAAUACCGCUUUCCGAUACCGAGGUUCGAUGAUUUGUUGGACCAUUUGCAUGGGUCUAAAAUCUUUUCUAAAAUAGAUUUACGAAGCGGCUACCACUAG